AUGUCUCUUAACAACGUCACAAACAGAAAAAGAGGCGAUUCCAUUGCAGAUAUUCAGGAGAGUAGAAAUUUUCAAGACCAUACGAUUGUUAAGGGAAAGAUCGCUUGUCGCCAGCAUUUAAGUUUGGAGGAUAAAAUACACCGAACAGAUUUAGAUAGUAAAAUCAGAGAAUUUCAUGAAGUUAUUCGGCAUAAUAACGUGGAGCAAGUACGAAGAUCUCUUGAGGCAGGGAUAAAUGCCAAUGCGCAAGAUAUAGCAACGGGAAAAUUGCCGUUGAUCGAAGCAACCAAUUUGGGGCAUGUAGAAAUCGUCAAGGUUUUAUUAGCAGCUCAUGCAGACGUCAACCUUACCAAUAUUCAGGGUAUCACGGCUCUCCAUGUAUCUGUUAACCCAAAAGUUUUCAAUCAAGAAAUAGUACAGUUAUUUCUGGAACGAAGAAAUGCAAAUUACAACAUACAAGAUAAAAUGACUGAAAGCACACCCAUACAUAUUUUAUGUAAAGUUUGUACUUCUGGGAAGAAUAUCAACACAUCGACGUUGCAUAGUAUACUAAAAGAGAUGGUACCGAGAUGUGAUUUAGAAUUAAAAGAUAAAUUGGGAAAUACGCCUCUUCAUAUAAUCGCAAUGGGGAAAAAAGAAGAUUUGGAAGCCAUGGAAAUUCUACCGCAAUAG